UAUAUAAACAGAGAUCUGGUGCACAAACUGAGCCUCCCACUGAUACCCCUUUCCCGCACAAUAUACCCAACUGGAUUUAAUGGAAAACAACUUGAAGGAGGUUCCAUUUCAUAUUUGACCUCUGUUACAAUUACCUAUCAACACCACAAGGAGCAACUGAAGCUCUACGUAACAAAUACUGGACAACACGAUCUGAUACUAGGCCAACCUUGGCUGUAUUGGCACAGAGUCGCCUUUGAUUACCAGAACCAAGUUCUG